AUUCAAACCCAACCCAAUCUAACACCAACUCAUUUCAAUUUGAGAGGCUUAGGCCCAAUUGAGCCCACUCACUACGUGAAACCCCAACCCAACUCCAAAACCCAUCAUUUUACAUAAAACAUAAAAAAUGGAAAAAGUGAGGCUUAAGUCUUCGUCCUCACCCAAACGCACUCUCGGUAUCCUCUCACAUCCCCCGAAUACUCAUCUUCUUCAAGUAGCCGGCGGCCACCCCUCAAAAUUCGCCGUUGAUCAAGCUUCUCUUCCCUCCCACGCCCAAAUCUCCUUCGAUUCUCUCUUCCUUUGACACGAUCCCUUUGCCUCUCCUUCCACGGGUUUCAUCUCCCUCAAACACAGCCGACAUCCAUAUCCUCUCCUCAAAGUCGCCGGCCACUUUUUCUUUUUCCAAGCGCCAUGGCUACCAAAUUCUGUCAUCCGAGCUUUCUUCUGUCUUGUAUUUCACCGUCUCUUCCAUCCUCCAUGCACGCUUUGUUUU